AUGUCAAAGCUGAAAAAAGCUUUGGACGACUCCGACGACGAGCCGCUGAUGAAGCUGAAGAAAGCCGAGCAGGACAAAAAGGAGAACACGCCUCCCAAACCUUCUGGUUCCAACACAGACGGCGACUCCGACAACGAGCCGCUGGUCAAAAUGGCCAAAGUUUCCUCCAAAGCCGCCAGGAAGCCGCGCUCUGCAGCCCCGAGGAAGUCAGCCAGCAGGAAGAAGAGAGCGUCCCCGCAGAAGGACGACAGCUCCGACGACGACGAGCCUCUGAGUCAGAUCGCCAAGAAGGUUUCAAAUACUGGGAAAACUCUUCAGACGCUUGGCUCUGCCUUCCUCAACGUAAUGUGGCCUUACGGGCUGACCAAUGAGAAAUGGCUCCUGUAUCCUGCCAGCUUGAAGUUUGAAGGCCACCCAGAUACACACUGCUCUCCAACAGGAGCCUUGAAUCCUCUGAAGCUACAGAGCUCGUCGAUAGAGCUUCCACUUCCCACUAAUGAGGCGGCCGGAAGGAAACGGCGCUCUCAUGCUGAGGAGGAGGAUCAAGUGAUAGCAAAAGGCAGUGUGGUGCGAACCACGCCAGCUGUGGCAGCUUCAGAAAGACGCAGAUCGCUUAAACUGGACUGCCUUCUUGGGUCGGCACGUUGUGUGCUGUUUCAGUGUCCUCUCCACAGUUUCUCUGGACAGGCUGUCCUUAAGAUCCAUGCCAGGCUGUGGAACAGCAGUUUCAUAGAGGAGUUCUCUUCGGUCAGUGCGCUGGAGCUGCUUGUCAGAGCCAACAUCACUGUCAAGUCCAGCAUCAAGCACCUGGUCCUCAGAGAAGCAGCUGCACAGAUUCCAGUGAUGAUCUAUCCUGAGCCCGGUCUUGCUGACCAGUACUGGAUCCCUUGGUGGAUCAUCCUCAUAGCCGUUCUGGCCGGCAUUCUGCUGUUAACUCUCCUUGUCUGUAUACUUUGGAAGCGCAGUGAGCGUCGCCCACACUAUGAGACGGAGUACUACCGUGCACAUUUGGGGGUCCAGCCCUCGGAGGUGGAGAAGCAGGCAUCAGAACUAUAA